AUGGAUAUUUCAAAAUCUUCAGGAUACAGAGAUUUCAUGUGGGCAGUUAAUCUACAUCGUUUAAGUUUCGAAAUGGUGGGCUUAUGGCCUAAAUUCACCAAAUGUACUAAAAAAAGUUUGUGGCCAGAAAUUUGGGUUGGCAUCGUUUAUAUUUUAUUAAUAUUUGUGUCUAAUAUUCCGACGAUAUGUGCGGUUGUAGACGUUUGGGGUAAUAUGAUGCUUGUGAUAAAAAAUUUACAUACAACGUUACCUCUAAUAAUGGUAUCAGUGAAAUACGUUAUCAUUCGACGUAAACAAACAGUUCUCUUGUCAAUUGUAAAUAUGAUGGCGGAAGAUUGGAUGGAAUUCAAGCUGGAUGAAGAAAGAGAUGUGAUGAUAAAACGAGCACAAACAGCGCGAUUAAUUAUGAUGAUUGGAUAUAUUCUCGUGAUAAUAUCGGUUUUCACACUCAUUAUUCUACCUUGUUAUGGCAUUGAAGUAAUGUAUGUAGCGAAUAUCACGGGUGUACGCAAACUGUUACCGUUGAAAACGUAUCAUUUCUACAAUACAGAUAAAAGUCCGCAAUUUGAAUUGACAUUUUUCAUUCAAAGCUCGACGGCAUUAUUAGGAGGUACCAUUUAUGUGUGUGCAGAUUUUUUUUUAGUGCUAACGGUUCUUCACAUUUGUGGCCAGUUAGAAAAUUUUAAAUGUCGAUUAAUUAAUUUAAUUUCGUGCAAGAAUUUCAAUAGAGUUUUGAAUAACAUUGUGGCUACUCAUUUACGUCUUAUCAGAUUUGCCGAUAAUAUCGAAAAUACAUACUCUUUAAUGAUGUUGAUAUCAAUGCUACAUUUUUGUAUUGCAUUUUGCCUAAGUGGGUUUUUAUUUACUAUUUUAUUUAAUAAAAUAAAAAAAAAAUAUUAUCAAGAUUUUAUAUGGGCAGUUGAAUUACAUCGUUUAGGCUUGAAAUUGAUCGGUUUGUGGCCUUCAACCGACGAAAUUUCUAAGAAAAAAUUGGGAUCUAACAUUCGCAUGGGUUUCAUUUUCAUUACUGUAAUAUUCGUUUCUGGUGUACCGCUUGUAUGGGCGCUUAUACGAGUUUGGGGCGACAUGGUACUUAUGAUAGAUAAUUUACGAAUUACAUUACCUCUUAUAGUGGUUUUAUUUAAAUUUAUUAUUAUGCGAUGGAAACGAAAAGUUCUUUUAUCCAUUGUCAAUAUGAUGGCGGAAGAUUGGAUAUCAUUAAAAUUAAACACAGAAAGAGAUGUGAUGAUAAAACGAGCACGAUUGGCUCGAUUACUCAUAAUUUUUGGAUUUGUUUUAAUGAUAUUUGCAUUUAUCAUGUUAAUUAUUUUUCCUUGCUUUGAUAUACAAAUAAGGCACAUAACAAAUCUUACUGAUCGGAAAAAACCGCUACCACUCCAGACGUAUUAUUUCUACGAUACAGAUAAGAGUCCGCAAUUUGAGUUGACAUUUUUUGUUCAAGCCGUAACGAUUUCUCUAGCAGGUAUAAUUUAUACAUCAGUAGAUGCUUUUCUUGGGCUCGUGAUCUUUCACAUAUGCGGCCAAUUAGAGAAUUUUAGACGCCGUUUAGUCAAAUUGAUUUUGUGCAAAAAUUUCAACCUAGCUCUGAACAACAGCAUAGUGCAUCACUUAAGACUCAUCAAAUUUGCUGAUAACAUUGAAAAAACAUUUUCGUUAAUGAUGCUUGGAUUGGUAAUUUAUUUUGGUAUCGUAUUUUGCCUAUGCGGAUUUUUACUUGUUAGUGUAGUUACUGAUCAAAAUGUAAAUAAUGUGAAUGUUGCACAAGCAUGUUAUAUGGCAAUUGCUGCUCUCAUCUUAUUGACGCAUACGUUUCUGUAUUGUGGUGCCGGAGAGCUUAUAAUAGGGCAACUUUUAAAAACGUCAGCUGGCUAUAUAUCGUUUUUACUGGCAAAAGGGACUCUCUUACUCAUCAUAAAAAUGAUGGCGGAAGAUUGGAUGACAUUGAAGCUUGACACAAAGAGGAACGUGAUGAUGAAGCGAGCGCGGACUGCUCGACUGAUCGUAAUUUGCGGAUACAUAUUGAUGAUACUAGCAUUCACUGUGAUUAUCAUUUUUCCAUGUUUUGGCGUACCAUUCAGACGCUUAACAAAUCUCACAGAUCGGGAUAAACCGUUACCGCUACAGACAUAUUAUUUCUACGACACAGAUAAGAGUCCGCAAUUUGAACUCACGCUUGCCAUUCAAGCCAUAACAAUUUUCUUAGCAGCUAUAAUAUAUACAUCGGUAGAUGCUUUCCUUGGACUUACAAUUCUUCACAUCUGCGGCCAGUUAGAGAACUACACAAGUCAAUUGGUCAAUUUGGUCUCAUGUAAAGAUUUUAAUAAUGCUUUACGAAGUAAUGUGAUCGCUCAUCUACGACUCAUCAGAUUUGCUGAUAAGAUCGAAGAUACAUUUACAUUAAUGAUGUUGGGAUUAGUAUUUUAUUUUGGUAUUGUAUUUUGUCUGUACGGAUUUCUAUUGCUUACUGUUGUUACUGACAAUGAAACUGGUGGUAUUCCUUUUUCACAAAUAAUAUAUGCAAUAGUUGGCAUUACUAGUCUCUUAACACAUACUUUUCUCUACUGUGGGGCCGGAGAACUCAUAACUGAGCAAUGCGAAGCAAUAUACCGUACUUUGAAUGAUCUCGAAUGGUACAAACUAGAAUCAAAAAAAGCGAGAUGUCUUAUUUUAUUGAUGACACGAGCCAGUGAACCUUUUCGUUUCACUGCAGGAAAGAUUAUUCCAUUAACAAUGACUACAUUUUGUAGCCUAUUAAAAACAUCGGCUAGCUACAUAUCGUUUUUGCUGGCAAACCGAGGUUAA